GUGGUGGUUCCUGAGUCUGGCGGGCUCCAUCGUGCACUGCAGAGGCCAGGUGAGCAAGUGCGAUGGCUUCACCGACCUCGACAUCCGUGAGAUGUUCAUGGGGACAAACCUGAACGUGAAGCUGCUGCUGUUCACGAGGGACAACCUGGAUUGUGGACGGGAGCUCUCGCAUCUGAGUCUGACAGAGCAGUCUUUGUUCCAGCUGACCCGCCCCACUGCCUUCGUUAUCCAUGGGUACCGACCCACGGGUGCGCCACCGGUGUGGGUGGGUCACAUUGUGCAUCUGCUGGCAGCACAGGAGGACAUGAACAUCCUAGUAGUGGACUGGAACCGUGGGGCUGCCAACCUCAACUACUACACUGCUGUUGCAAACACACGUAAAGCAGCCGAAAACAUCACAGCAUUCAUCCAGAACAUGCAGGAGAAUGGUGCGAUACUCAGCUCUGUCCACCUGAUUGGGGUCAGCCUGGGGGCUCAUGUUGCCGGGUUUGUGGGGGCCAUGCUGAAGGGGAAGAUUGGGAGGAUCACAGCACUGGACCCUGCUGGACCUCUUUUCUCUGGGACACCACCAGAGGAGCGUCUGGAUCCCACUGAUGCCCAGUUUGUGGAUGUCCUACAUACUGACACCAAUGCACUUGGUUACAGAGGACCCCUCGGUCACAUUGACUUCUAUGCCAAUGGUGGGGCUGACCAGCCUGGCUGCCCCAAAACCAUCUUCUCAGGGAAGUCAUACUUUGUGUGUGACCACCAGCGGUCAGUGUUCCUGUACCUCUGCUCCCUCAACAAGACCUGCAACAUCACUGCCUACCCCUGUUCCUCCUACCAUGACUUCCUAGAUGGGCAUUGCCUGCAGUGCGAAUCCUUCAAGCCGGCCUCUUGCCCAAUCUUAGGUUACCAUGCCAGUGAAUGGAAGGAUUCUCUUCUCCAUCUGGGUCAGACGAAGGCGUACUUCUCCACCACUGCCACGUCUCCAUACUGCAAGAUGAACUACAAGGUGGACAUUGUGACGUGGAACCAGUACACACGCUGGGGCAUCGUCGUCAUUAAGCUACACAGUGGCAGAAAGGUGGUGGAGGCUAGGAUCGAUCAUAAACUGUCCAAAUUUGAGCAAUAUACAGCGACGCGUUUACUGGCCCAGUUUGACGAAGACCUAAAUCCGGUCCAGAAGAUUACACUUUGCUUCCUCACAGGGAACAUGAUUGGGCCUCGCUACAAAAUGCGGCUACUGCGCAUUCGACUUACACCCCUGGAGCGGCCUAAUAGGCCACAGCUGUGUCGCUAUGACAUGAUACUGGAGGAGAACAUGGAGGUGUCCUUCAGACCCAUCGCCUGUGAUGGGUCUCGUAACUGACCCAGCACUGUGAGGAGCUCUAUUUCAUCUCUGCAAACAG